AUGUCUAAUAUCGAUAAAGAAAAAAAACAUUAUAACAGAAUAAACAUUUUUGAUCGAUAUAAAAAUUAUGAUGAAUUAGACAUAAAUGAAGUAUCUUCGAUACUAUUGGACCAGUAUAAAAUAAUUGGUGGGAGGAAAUUCUUAAAUACUAAUGAAGCGAAUUACGUUAUGCCAUCAGAUGACAUUGAUUUUAGACGAAUGGAGGUCGCCCAUGUGUUAAACAGAUAUUCGUGGAAAGGUAAUUUUAAUGCACCAGUUGAGGAAACGCUAAGAAAUGGUAAAGCUACUGUUCUCGACGCUGGGUGUGGUGCGGGAUAUUGGAUUCUUGAUUUAGGAAACGAGUUUCCAAAUUCAACAUUUGUCGGCAUAGACGUUCAAUCAAAUGGAUUUCCGCCAGUAAACGAACGCCCACCUAAUACAGGAUUUCUAGAGCAUAACUUAAUAACUGGAAUUCCAUUUCCUGAUGAAACGUUUGAUUACGUCCAUAUGCAAUUGAUGUGGGCGGCGUUUACUAAGCAACAAUACAUAAAUAUAAUUCAUGAAUUAAUACGUGUAACGAAAUGCAAUGGAUGGAUUGAAAUUCUUGAACCUAAUUUAGAUAUGAAAAACUUAGGAAAUUCUAUGAAUGCCAUUAACAAUGCUUAUGCUGUUAAACAAUCCUAUAAAUCUAUUACUUAUCUGGCAGAUUAUAUGGGAAUAUCUCAAAAUGAUUAUCAAAAAUUAAUAGACGAUUUCGAUAGACAAUCUCGACGCAAGUCUAGCUUUGUCGUUGAGCCCGCCCACCCACCACUAUGA